AUGUGGAAGAUCAUGCAGAAAUUCGGCUGUCCGGAGCGAUUCAUGCAGCUGGUGCGUCAGCUGCACGACGGUAUGAUGGCGCGAGUUACGGACAACAGAGCUGUCUCAGAGGCAUUCACAGUGACCAAUGGAGUGAAGAAGGGCUGCGUACUGGCGCCUACCCUCUUCAGUCUAGUGUUCUCUGCCAUGCUGAUGGACGCCUACCGCGACGAACGCCCCGGGAUCCGUAUCGCCUACAGGACGGACGGUCGCCUGCUGAAUCAACGGCGUAUGCACUUCCAAUCGCGGGUAUCCACAACCACCGUUCACGAACUCCUCUUCGCCGACGACUGCGCCCUAAACACUACCUCGGAAGAGGAGAUGCAACGGAGCAUGAACCUGUUCUCCGCCGCCUGCGAGAACUUCGGUCUGGUCAUUAACACGCAGAAGACGGUGGUGAUGCACCAACCGCCACCUAACUCAGCCACAGCCCCCAACGCGCCGCCGCAAAUCAGUGUGAACGGAACUUAA